AUGAAAGACCAAGAGAAACUUGUUUACCCAAUAUCUGGUCUUGUUACUGAAACUUUUUAUGACCCAAAAUCGAAGGAAGUUGUUUCUGUUGCUGUUUAUCGAGGGAUACCGUAUGCUGAUGCGGAGAGGUUUCGGGAAUCAACGGUCAGAGAAAACGUUCCCGAGAAGCUUCCCAUUUUACCAGCGACGCCUCAUUUUCCACAACCCAAUGAGUUUAACUUGUCCAACUGGCUGACUCUCCCACGAACUCUCAAAAAAGAACACGUGACUUACGCAUCCGAAACCGACCCCCUCUACCUCAACAUUUUCACCAAGCAAAACCACCUGAAAAACAAGCCGGUCAUCCUCUACGUCCAUGGCGGCAGUCUUCUCAUCGGCGGCGCUUCUAGUUACGAUGGUCAUGCUUUGGCAGCAAUAGGCGAUGUGAUCUUCGUGAGCAUAAAUUAUCGACUCGGCUCUUUUGGGACGAUGUUCGGCGGAAAUUGGGCGCUCAGUGAUGUUUUGUCAGCGCUGGAAUGGGUUCAACUGCACAUUGAAAAAUUCGGAGGAGACAAGGAAAACGUAACACUGAUGGGAUACUCGGCGGGAGGAAUGAUUGUCGAUCAUUUGAUGAGUUCGCCAAGGUCGAAAGGCUUGUUUCACCGGGCAAUCGCGAUGUCAGGAAAUGCCUCGAGCGCUUGGACCUGGACAAGAGAUGAGAAAAAGGAAAAUAACAUGAGAAGGUUGAAAAAAAUUCUGGGAGAAGAUGAUGAUGAGAAAGUUCGAGAAAAAGUAACAAAGAUGCCAUUUGAAGAAUUUUUGCGAAAAAUCGAAUACCCUGCUUGGACAGAGCCCGACUAUUUCUACUGGACUUUUUGCACUGGAGAAUCUGAUUCUAUCCUACCUUCAUUUCCCUAUGCAGAUCUCGAGGAGUCAUUCAAAAUGGACAUUCCAUAUAUGAUGGGGAGAACAAAUGAUGAGGGUUGCUACUCGAUGAGUUUUUAUCAUCACCCGAAGUUUUUGGAAGGUCUUUCAAAAGAAGAUUUUCAGGAAGUCGUCAUUCGGACUGCAAAAGGAAGACGAAUGAUUCCCGAGAUUCUUCCAGAAGAAAAAUAUCCUGAAAUCAUAGAAGAGUACUUUGGCUCUGGGUUUGACAAAUCGGACCAGUUUUACUACACAAAGAUAUUUGGAAAAUGGUUCGGCGAGAUGGAGAUUGGAAUCGGAAUCGAAGCUCGAGCUCGAUCGAUGAAAAAUGCCUUUGUCUACCGAAAUUCGUACAAGCCACUUUUCGCGAAAAACGAUUCUUACCGCGGAGAACUUACUUCAAACCGCCCAGAUUGGUCAAAAACUGAUCAUGGUGACUGCUACAUCUUCAUUUUCGGAAUUUCUUUCUACGAAGAAAAUGCGCAGAAUGUUCAGUUUCCCAACAAAGAAAAGGAUCUUUCUCUGCAGUGGAUUGAAAAUUUAACUCAUUUUGCGACAUUUGGCAAGCCAAAAGACCCAAAUUGGAAGCCAUUUUUUGAAUCGGGGGAAAGAAUGAAAAUUGGCGAAGAUGGAGUCUCAAGCUUCGAAAAAAUGAGCGAAGAAGACAAAAAAUACGAAGAGUAUUUUGAAAAAUUCAUGAAACCUCUCUUCAAAUAA